GGUGCCGCCGACCUCGGUUGCCUUGGAAACCACUUUAGUGUGCCUCCCGGGUCCGCCCCUCCAGGCUGAGACUCCCCUACUCGGGCCCCAAGCUUUGUAGCCUAAGCAGGCCUGCGCCCCAGGGUACUGUCUGUGAGGCAGAAUUCUUGGGCAUGUGCAACCAAAUGAUCCUAAGUUGCUUCAGACAAAGUUAAGGCAAGGGGCGAGCCCUUUCCAAUGCCAAGACCCAAUUCUAGGCUGGCUGUCGCCAAGCUUGGAAGAAGUCCGGGAAGUGGGCAGGGGUGGGUUGGAUCAGGGGGAUAACUACAAUUCAAGAUAGAAAUGUUCAAGUAUUAGGGUGAAGGGAGAGGGAAAGGGGGAAGGAGCGUGCCUUCUGCAGGCCUACCAGAUGCCAGAGAGCUGAGAUCAAAUUUUGUUAUAGUGCGACUUUGGCUUUAUAUUUUUGACACUGUUACUUCGUUUUUAAAACCUGUGAAGCAGAACUUUCAGAGAAGGGACCUCGAGAAUUAAAAACAGUAAUGUGCUUGACACAUUAUAGCUACUUAGAAAUUAGUUUGCUGUUUUGGUUUUGAAGCUUCUUAAUUUCUUUGGUCUCUAUCUACUAUUGUGAUAACUCAGAAAUAUUUACUUGGUGAACUCCAUUGACAGGCUGUUACUCUGAAUGAAAGACUAGACCUUGGACAUACUCACCGAUCUACUGUUUCACAACUAGAGAAAGUCGUAUCCCUGCACAUGUGGUGGCUGCUGUUGAUGUGAACACCGUUGCUAAUGAAGUAUACAAGCAUAAUUUUCCUCAUACACACUUACUGGCAAAAACAAUUGAAGGUAUUUCACUGGAAGAGUUUGACAAGCUAUCUUUCAAUAUGAUUUUAAUGAGCCCUCCAUGUCAGCCAUUCACGAGAAUUGGCCUACAGGGGGAUAUGACUGAUCCAAGGACACGUAGCUUCCUGUACAUUCUAGAUAUUCUCCCAAGACUACAAAAGUUACCCAAUUAUAUUCUUUUAGAAAAUGUCAAAGGUUUUGAAGUAUCUUCUACAAGAGAGCUGCUGAUACAAACAAUAGAAGCCUGUGACUUUCAGUAUCAAGAAUUCUUAUUAUCUCCUUCCUCUCUAGGCAUUCCAAACUCCAGGCUACGAUAUUUUCUCAUUGCAAAGCUUCAGUCGGAGCCUUUCCCUUUCCAGGCCCCUGGACAGAUACUGAUGGAGUUUCCUAAAAUUGUAACUGUUGAGCCACAAAAAUAUGCAGUAGUUGACAAAAGUAAGCUAAGAGCAAAGAGAACUGGGCCACGCAUCUGCACUGAGAGCAGCAGCACACAGUGUUCUGGAAAAGAUGCCAUUCUCUUUAAGCUUGAAACUGCAGAAGAAAUGGACAGGAAACACCAGCAAGACAGUGACGUCUCUGUGCAGAUGCUGAAAGACUUCCUUGAAGAUGGCGACAUGGAUCAGUACCUCUUAGCACCAAGGUCACUGCUGCGGUACGCUCUCUUACUAGACAUCGUGAGGCCCACUUCCAGAAGGUCCAUGUGCUUCACUAAAGGGUAUGGAAGCUACAUAGAGGGGACAGGCUCCGUGUUACAGACUGCAGAGGAUGUGCAGAUUGAGAAUAUCUACAAAUCUCUUACCGAUUUGCCACCAGAAGAAAAGAUAGCUAAGUUGUCAAUGCUUAAACUGCGAUAUUUCACACCUAAAGAAAUUGCAAAUCUCCACGGCUUUCCUCCAGAAUUUGGGUUUCCUGAGAAGACGACAGUAAAGCAGCGUUACCGGCUGCUUGGCAACAGCCUCAACGUACAUGUAGUAGCAGAGCUCCUCACAGUCCUGUGUGAAGGAUGGGGAAGUGCCUCGGAGGGGUCGCAGUGUGCCUCUAAUUCCAGACAGUAAUUCCAAAAGUCUCUCUUGAAUUAAUUCUUAUAGAAUUCAACUAAAUUAUUUUAAUAGCAUUUUAGUGGGUAAUCCAGAGGGAACAUAAACAUGCAUAUCCAAUUGUUUCCUUAAAUUUAUAUUAAUGUAUUCAAUAAACUUCACAUUGCUGUUUUGCUUUAUGGGCAAGUAUUUUUAUAAAGCUUUUAAACAUAUAUAUUAAAUAUCUUUUAUAUUAUGCUAUAAACAAAUUUAAGAAUGUUUGAAUUUUAUGUGUAUAUUAGUAUUUUAUAAUGUGUGACAUGAAUAAUACAAUGAUCCUUAGAAAAUUAUUUUUGUAUGUUAAUUUAAAAAUUGUUUCAUAUAACAUGGAGAAACUAACUGGAUGUAGACCUAGAAGCUUCAUCCCUCUGGCUAACUUUUGUAGUGCUGUUCAUGCUUCCAGAAGCAAAAAUAGUCAUCUUUCUUAACUAGCUAUGAACCAGAAUGCUACAGUAGUGACUAACCUGCCAAGCUAUGCCCAUGAGUAUGGUGAGAAUAGCCUACUGCUCUAUGAUUUGAUUUAAGGCCUGAUCAAUGAAUCCAUGCUUGGCCCUGUUAUCUGGUUCAAAGACCUGUGGCUAGACAGGUUAUGAGCCCCAGUGGGUAACUUAUUAGUAUUAUUCUAUUAAAUGGGCAUUGUGUUGAAAGAUAAUGAUUCCUGGUAUUUAUUCUUAUACCAUAGAUUAGUGUUACCAUAGUUCUAUUAAAUGGGCAUUGUCUUGAAUGAUAAUGAUUCCUGAUGAUUGAUUCUUAUGCCAUAGAUUAUUGUUUCCCUCAACAUUCAGCAGGUAAGCAAGCUUCUUGGAGUAGAUAGCAACACAGAGACCCAGAGACCGAGAGACUGUGGCGCACUCAGCCCUAAGUGACAUGUCUGUCCCUCCCCUCCCUCCUGAGGCUCAGGGAUCACUGCAGGAGAGGAAGCAGAAACAAUGUAUGAGCCACAAGUGGUAGAUGACUUGAGGAAAUAUGUUUUCCAGGUACAGCAGGACAACUACACAUGUGGACUCAUACCUAGGUAACAGCAUGCAAAAGACCCUGCUUAAGCCUGAAUCCCAGAACAGCAUCCCAACAUGGAGUGGGUAGGGUGGGUACCAAGGCACAUCCGUAGCUCAGAGGCUAUUGGCAUUUGGUAGCUGCUGGGAGAGGAGGAGUCGAUUUUCUUCCAAGGUGUGAUUCCAGUUUGUGGAACACACCCCAGGGUAGUCUUAUACUCAAGCAUAUUUGAGCAACACAAAUUGGACUUAACUUUUUGGUAAGAGACUACAAAGUUGAGUCGGUAGGGGAAGGAGUGUGAAUAUGAUCCAAAUAAAUUGUAUAACAUUCUCAAAGAAUUAAUAUUAUUUAAAAAUUAAAAAUUGUUUUA